AUGGCCGAAUUGUCUACGUUAGAGACUCUCCAGGCUUUCCACCAGGAGCUGCUGGCCAUACAGGAGGGACGCUUGCCGGCGAUCGACACCCUUGGCAACGAUGCCCUCGUGAUACCAUUCAAGACCGAGCUCGAUCGAAUAUGGUCGCUACCUCCCAACAAUGACCAGUCCAGGAAGGAUGUCCAAAGGAAAGUGACGGUCGACGAGGUUGAAUAUUCUAUCAACGAGGACUUUAAACAGUCAGCACUUUCCUUAUCCGACGAGCUCGGCAUAGACGAAAAGCUUGCAGCGCAAUGUCUUCUCGAAGCGCAAGCCGAUCUGGCGACCCUCGGCAGAUCUCUGCUCGAGUGCGGCAUGGUCCGCUUUCACCAACAGCGCAAAUAUGCACUUGAUGCACUUCGAGUUCUGAUCGAGAUGGACGUGGACGAAGAACUGGAUGACCUUGCGCCAAACAUGAACAGCGAAACCGUUAGAAGCUGGGUUGCAGAGACGUUCAGCGCAAAGCCUGGUGCGAGUCGCACGACGCAAAUGGUUCCCCGAUGCAUGACAGCUAUGCAGUCGAUCAAGGCGUGGAUUCAAAAGCUGUCAGACAAAGUCAGUGCAGCUCAGAUGUUGGGUCAGUCGGGUGACGGCGGAAUAUCAGAGGAGCUGGAAACCGUCGAAUUUGCCAGAAUCAGUUUGAUACAGCAGCAUGAGCUCCUCGGCGUGCUCCUCUGCUGGUUCAUUGAGAAACGGCAGGCGACCACCCAGGAUCUGACUGACUUCAUGGACAGUCUGCGCAAGUUGGACAAGUAUGACAAUACCCUGGUCCACAAUAUCCCUGCGGUCGGCGCGUUCAUGAAAGCCUUUGGCUCAUUGGAUGGCGGGCAUGAUCUUCUGCAAGUUCGCCCACUCAGUGAGCGCCUGUUCCCAGUCACCGACGAGCCGCCCUGGGCAUUGUCGUUCUUCCAAGCGUCAGUGCGUGCCUGGUGGCUUGCGGAAUACAGCAGUUUCUACCUGGAAGACCCCCCCGAGGCUGCAAUUCCGGCUGGGAUUGAUCUAGACGCAGAAGAUCGACAGAGAGCAAAGCAAUUCCUUGAUUCCUUGAAAGAGGGUGCUUUUGAUUUUCUAUUGUCGAUUGCCGGUGACGCCAGGUCGCCCGACUGGUACGAUUCGGUCCGGGCUGGCAUGCAUCGCUGGUUACAGAGGAAGUCCCCGACUCUCAACGCUGAAUUGGUGCAGUUCAGCGAUUUCUUUCAAGAGGCAUUGGUCUCCCAGCUUGAAGCGUUCAUUGACAGCUUCAUUACCAAUCUGCCCGAUGUUCUCCGCCGACUUCGUCUGGAAGAGGACGAGCAGCGACAAUUGAGUCAGGCUCAUGAGCAAGAUCUGGAUUUGGAGAGGUUCUUGCUCAUUAUCGCAUACGCCUACGACAAGCGUCCCCAAGCAGCUAUAAACUUCUGGGACGACCCUGACAGCAACUUGAACGGAUUUUUGCAAUGGGCUUCCCGCCGGGCUUCGACGCCACUUGUGACGGCCUUCUGUGAAAUGCUUUCCGCCGUGUCAGGCAAUGAAGAGUGUGCCGAAUAUGCCCACAACUUUCUCUUGGAAGAGGGGCAUCACUCUUCCGGGAAGAUGAGGAGGUCGCAAUCAUUAUCCUGGGCGCAAAUUUUCCGAGAGCUCAAGUUCUUCCUUGAAAAAGCGAAGAACAAGCCUGCCCCGGCACAAUCUGUACGCUUCCGUGCCAGCAAGGUUGCACCUGAUGUGUUGGAGACAGAGCCUGAGUCGGCGAUGAUGCUAGAAGCGUAUCUUCGUCUCAUGACCAGGCUUGCCACAGAGAAUGAGACAGCUAGGCUAUUCUUGCUCCAAAACACAAAUUUUAACGUCGUCGAGGCUAUUCUGGAGCUGACCAGCGCUCCAAUACCCCCACGCCUGCGCGGCUGCGGCUUCACCGCGCUCAAGGCCCUGCUUACCAGAAAGUCGACAGCUGAGGGCCACACGAUGUGGCAAUGCCUCGACCAAUGGGUGACGGGUGGUUAUGCUACUGUUCUGACAGCCCACCAUCGCCAACCCCAAUCAUCCCCCAAGAAUUCUAUGGAACGCUCAUUCGACGAGAUGAGCCAUGGUUUCGAAGACCCAGAAUCAUUGACACAGCUACUCCUUGCCUUGGUGCGCCCAGCCGUCGACAGCAGUCCCCUCAAUGAUGGAUUGCCCUUCCCUGAGAACCUGGGGUCAGCAUACCGCGCUUCCGGCAUCGAUGUGUACGUUGACUUUGUUGUGGGGAUGAUCUUCGCGGCCAAGUCAAGCGAGCUGCAAGAUGUUCACCAGAUUCGUGUCUUGCGACUCUGCUGCCUCGAUUUCAUUAUGGCAUGCCUGGACACAUUCAAUGAAGACUUGAUCAUCACGGCGAACAGAACCAAUAUGGCUGUCGACAACAUCAUUGCCACGGCUGAUUUGGCAACUUAUGUUCGCUUGCAUCCCUUCACGCGAGUGAUGGAGUGGAUGUACAACGAGCGGGUCAUAGCAGCUUUGUACAGUACCGUGCAUCAAGAGCCAGUGGAUGUUGCCAAUGCGGCUCCUGACUCACCGUUGAUCCUGGGUAUCCUUCGUGGCGUCGAGGUCAUCAGCAAAAUUCUCGAUCUACAGGUGACAUAUCUCGAUAUCGUGAAGCCACUUAUUCGCUCUGAGCCCAGGUCAAGACCACAAACGAUUGCCAAAUCAGCAUACCCCACGUUCGAGGAUGGCCUUGUGUCAAGGCUCGGCUUGGUGGUCGAUAUGGGCAAUUAUUGCGGUCUCGGCCACGCCAACUUGACACUCGCCUGUCUGAAAUUGAUGGAGCGCAUGUCAUCCUCGUCAAAGAUUACGUCGCUAUGGUCUGGGUCAGUGAGACACAACCACCGCAAUAAAGCUGUUGUCGCCAUGGAAGCAAACGGAGAGCACGAAUCCAUAGCGCGCGCUUUCAUUUCCGAGCUGAUGCAACCGUUGGACCCGACACGCGAAGCUGAGUCUGCAAAUUACGCCACAAAAGUCUAUAUCCUCGAUUUCCUUUACCAAUGCCUUCUGGAGACGAGUGGACAGCCUACGAUAGCCCAUCUCUUGCUAGGAUUCAAGUGUGGCGUUGACUCCGUGUCCAUCGAAUCGAACAGUCUCUUUGAGGAGCGCGAGUCACUCUUCCAUGUUGUUCUCAGGCUACUACUUGAUACGCCAACAACUGAUCAUAACGGUGUGAGGCAGUGGCUUGUGGGCCUGAGGGUGCGCGCUUUGCGCAUUCUCCAAGUCCUGUGGUCGUCACCGCUGUCCGCUUCGCUUAUUAUUGAGGAGCUCAGAUCCAAUGAGCUUCUUUUUCAUCUCCUGCUGCGCGAGACUGUCAUUCACCCCCGUCUACUCUGGGAAGGCGAGGCUGCUGACACUCCUUAUUUCCUGGUCACCGAGGGUGCGACGUCGCUGUUGGAUCUGCUCUCCUUGCGUGGCAUGACUCUCGACUACAUUGCGAUGGAGCUCUGCAUGAUCUCACAGGGCAAGACGCCCAGCGUCAAAAGACGCAUCUUUGAGGCACUUAACGGGCAAAUCAUGGGUGAUGAGAACGAACCGAUAGCCGUGCCUUCCAUCUUUGACUUGUUCGACUUUCACCUCCCACCUAAUGCAUGGACAAUACAGCCCCCCCCUUUGCGGAUCUAUCGGGACCUUGACCUCGGUAUCUGCUCUGAUCAUGGGGCUGACGGCACCGAGAUAUGGAACGUGGAGCGCGCACGCGAACUGAUCCUUUUGAAACGCAGCGCGAUGAAACACGCAGGUGUUGUGAUUGCCGAUUCGGAAGCCAAAAUUUUGGUAGAAGAGGAGCAGGCCAUCGAAGACAGCAUGGUCAUGACCAAUCGGGAGGUGCAGCUCGCAUCCCAAGGCCUUUCGGUCUUGGAAGCUUGGGCGAAGUUAUUGCUGGUGAUGGCCGAAUGCAACGACUUUGAAGGCGCCGCUCGAACCCAGUUCUUCUUACAGGCCUUGCAGUCGAUCCUACCAAGCUUCGAAGCCAAUGCUACCGAACGACCAGCCGAUGCCAUCAUUCUCGCCAAGCUGUCCAAGAUACUCCUGUCCAAGCUGUACGCCCCGAAAUCCCCCGAUGCACACGAUACAACGACUCUAGCCGUGGGAAACCUCAUCAACGACAAGGUAUACCAGAUCUUCCAGAUCUGUAUUCAGGCCAUUGGAAAAUGGGUGGACAGCGCUGAGCUACGAUCGGUCUACUAUGAGAACUGCUACACAUACUUGACCGGCAUGCCGGAUGAUGAUGGUCUCGUCAAAAACCGAACCAAGGUCGUCAAGGCAAUUAGGGUCUAUGGGGAGAGGCUGCUCAACGUAAUUUGCGACGAUGCCUACAAUGGCGAGCCUCGAUGCCAAACAGCAGCCCUGAUCCUCCUGGGGACGUUGGUCCAUAUCGACCAGAUUGAGGGCGACGCUUUCAUUGUGGAAAUGCUCAAUAGGCUCAACUUCAUUGGCGUCCUUGUCGACUCUCUUCAGAACAUCAUGCAGGAGUGGCACCAAGUCUUCACGUCGGGGACUAAAGAACAAGAGAACUUCCAGAACGCGCGUCUCGCUCUCAUCCAACAUCUCGCGCAAGCACGACCUGGCGCGAAACACAUUCUCCACGCCAAUCUGCUGCGUACGCUCGCGACGUCCCAAAUCUUCACUGCCGAUCCAGAGCUUCGAGUUGGAGGAUCGAUAGCCCUCGAGGCACAUUACGACCUGCUUGCAAAGACAGUGCGGAUUAUCGGCGCUGCCGUUGUGAGUCGUGGCUCGCAUAAUGUCGUGCAGGGCCGCAAGUUUCUAGUCGAUCAUCGCUCGCUCGUCACGCAUGCAUUGAAGAGAAGCGCAGGCAUUGGGAUGGAGGACGUAAGCGCGCGGUUGCAGGAGAAGGUGGAAGACCUAGCAGAGGCCCUUGUCAUAAUGAUUGCUGCGACAGGAUUUCUUGAGUUCGAAGAGGAGACAGUGCAAGAGACGAGGAAGCAAAGCGAUUUGCUGUUUCACUAG